UCACCUGAGGACAGGCAGAAGAGAGAAUGGGCUGCCUUGGCUUCAUUCAGGAUGUCACCAGUUGUGGAAAGCCCCGCCGGGCAGCCACUCGUCGAUGCCGAGGGGGUCGUAAGCAGUUGUCGUGGACUCAGAGCGGCCGCCACGCCGAGGACGUCGCUGAGUAUGGAUCUUGGGGCCUCGGCCCUCCCACUCGUAUCCGCCCUGUUUCUGGAAGAAAGGGUGUGGUCAGAGAUGGUUUCUCUUUUUUCGUUCAGAUUCACCUGGGCUGCAGGAGGAGGGUUGUUGGGGUCUUUCUUCACACCGUCGGGCAUUUGGUUGCACUCUGAGCGCAGCUUGCACUCUGUGGAUGCUGUGGAUGCUGUGCAAAAGUUGCGCCGAUUCGGAAUUUUCCCCCACAUGUACUCCGUCCCGGUCUCUCCUGCUGUCUGAAAAGAUUUCCAGACAAAGGAUGGCGGUGUUUGUACUUUGUAUGUGCAUACAUACCGGAACGCCAUCUGUGCCUUCCUUGUCGCAUCCGAAGAUCAU